GUGUCCGGAAGCAGCUCUCCGGCGAAGGAGACUUUUCUUUAGUUCUUCUGCAACCCGGAUUUCUUGUCCAGUGCUGUGAGUAGAGGAUCAAUUUCGAGCAGCCGCAAUGUCCAUACCGGCAAUCUUCAUCGGGCUUCUUGCUGUGGCCAACAUUCCGGCUGUGGCCGCGGACUUCUCGGGCAACCUCAACUACGACAGUCCCUCGCGUCGUGAUGUCCACGCGGGCCUGGGUAUAGACGUCCCAUUGGUCUCCCGUCGCAGCCUGAAGCGGGAUGCCAUACCCUUCAAGCCCGAGGACUUGAGCUUCACCCACGGCGUGGCGUCUGGCGACCCCUACCCCGACAGCGUCAUCCUCUGGACUCGUGUUGCCCCCUCGACACAGUCAGACGCGAGCAAUGUCACAGUCGAGGGAAACGUGCCAGUCUACAACCACGACACGCAGACCUAUAUCGAGGCAAACCCCUACCCCAUCUGUGUCGACUGGGCCGUCUUCGAGUGCGCUGACGGGAGCAGCACUGGCAAGAGUGUGAGCAGUGGCAAGGCGUACACCACGAGCGACAUCGACUACACUGUCAAGGUCGAGGCGGGAGGGCUGCAGCCUUUCACGACUUACAACUACCAGUUCACCAUCUGUGACUCGGACAAGAAGAGCCCGCUCGGCCGCACCAAGACUGCCCCGACCGCAGACGCCAGCGUUGAGUCGGUCAAGCUCGCCGUGUUUUCCUGCAGCAACUAUCCCAACGGAUACUUCAACGCUUACGGUAACGCCGCACGCAAGGAUGAGCAUGACUACGUCGUGCAUCUUGGCGAUUACAUAUACGAGUACAAGGCUGGGGGUGAGCGUGCCAGCGAACCUCCGCGCGAAAUCUUCACUCUCUACGACUACAGGACUCGCCACGGACAGUACAGGUCCGAUGCCGAUUUGCAGCUCCUGUCGCAGAACUGGGCCUGGAUCCCGACGUGGGAUGAUCAUGAGGUGUCCAAUAACGGCUACCGAGACGGGUCCAGCGGUCUGAACAACACCGAGGACUCGUUCAUCAAGGACGGCGGAGUCAGUGUCGAUCAGCGCAAGAUGAAUGCCGUUCGUGCCUACUUUGAGUGGCUUCCGAUUCGCCAAGUUGAUCUCGAUGACAACCUCCGGAUCUGGCGAUCCUUCCAGCUGGGCAACCUCAUGGAUCUCGUGGUCCUCGAUACUCGCAACUACGACCGCAGCAUCACGAGUCUUGACUGGAACGACGAGUACAUUGAGCUGAUCCGGGAUGACGCUGGGAGGUCAUUAAUGGGUUCCCAUCAGGAGAACUGGUUCUACAAGUCCCUCACAAAGUCCAAGGAGCGUGGCGCGACCUGGCGUGUCAUUGCGAACCAGAUCAUCUUCUCCCGGAUCGAGGAGUCCUAUGGCUUCAACGGUGACAACUGGAAUGGCUACACUGCGAACCGCAACCGCACUCUCAAGCAUCUCUACGACAACAAGAUCGACAAUACCAUCUUCCUCGCAGGUGACAGCCACCAGAACUGGGUGUCCGACCUUGUCUGGCUGGGCGAGAAGCCGUACGACCCAGAGACGGGCGAGGGAUCGAUCGGCGUCGAGUUUGCCGGCACGGCUGUAAGCUCGUCCGGGGUGAAAGGAACGAUUGAGUAUGCGCGGAGAGAGGCGCAGUACCGUGUGGGCAACAACACCGAGUUGCAAUGGCAGGAUGGCUACUAUCGUGGCUACUUUAUCCUGGCAGCAUCGCACGACAAGGUUGAGGCCCAAUACUACGGCUCUCCGAGUGUAGCCAGCCGCAAUCCUUGGGAUCUGCCCUUGGCAAACUUCACCGUCGCGGCGGGCAGCAACAAGCUGAGCCGCCCGAUCGCUGGUGGCAGAGUGGAGGCAGGAUUUGGCAAGGGCGUCGAGAUUAGGCCGACGAACCUGACCCUCAACACAGAGACCCAGGAGUGGGAUGUUGUUGGAUACAAUGUCAUGUAUCUGAACACGACCUUGUAGACCAUGCAAAGUAGUAUAGAGAGCAACUUUCACGCAGACAAUCGAUCAUGUCUUUUGCUGACACAGCUGUCUAAUCCCUUGAAAAGAUUGUGGGAAAACGGAGGUCCGAAAAUUGACUUUUCGACGCGCUUGUUGAGCUUUUGACAGCCCACCACCUGCAGUGCACUUGACAUGCUCGAUACAAGACAG